CAUUUCUUUCUUCCUUUCUCUCUCUCUCUCUCUCUCUCUUUCUCUUUCCACGAGGAAAGCAAAAUAUAAAAACAACCAUGGCCGAUCUUUCUACAACCAUCGCUGGAGUUAAACUUCCCAACCUUCUCUUUAAUGCUUCAGGUGUUUGCUGUCAAACAAAGGAAGAUUUACAAAAGAUGGUUGAUAGUGAAUCAGGUUCGUUAAUCACCAAAUCGGCUACGUUUGAGAGACGAGAGGGCAACCCAUCUCCUCGUUAUGUACCAUUAUCGAACGGUAGUAUUAACUCUAUGGGUCUUCCUAAUGAGGGCUAUGCCUAUUACCUUGAUUAUGCUAAAAACUAUGACUAUCAAAGCAACAAACCUCUCUUUGUCUCCCUCUCUGGUCUUUCUCUUGAAGAUAAUGUCAAGAUGAUUGAAGCCUUUAAGGCUGCCAACUUACCUUGUGUUCUUGAAAUCAAUUAUUCAUGUCCUAACGUUCCUGGUAAGCCUCAAUUGGGUUAUGAUUUUGAAGGUAUGGAUCAUUCAUUAAGUGUCUUGGCCCCUUUAAUCGAGGGACCCUUUGGUAUCAAGUUGCCUCCUUACUUUGAUAUUGCUCAUUUUGAUAUUGCGGCUUCCAUUUUUAACAAGUAUGAUAAUUUGGCAUUUGUGACUUGUGUGAAUUCAGUGGGUAAUGGCCUGGCCAUUGAUAUCGACACUGAACAAGUCAUGAUUAAACCCAAGGAUGGCUUUGGUGGGUUAGGUGGAUUCAUGAUCUUGAACACAGCAUUAGCUAAUGUCAAUGCCUUUUAUCGUCGUCUGAAAAAUAAACAGGUCAUUGGUGUAGGAGGUGUUACGUCUGGUAAGGAGGCCUUCCUUCAUGUUUUGGCUGGUGCAAGUGCUGUUCAAAUCGGUACUACCUUGAGAGAGGAAGGUCCUGGUGUCUUUGCUCGUAUCAAGAAAGAGUUAAGUGAUAUCAUGAUUGCCAAGGGAUACAAAUCGCUUGAUGAUUUCCGUGGCAAGGUCAAAACUUUGUAAAUAAUAACAAUAAUAAAUCUGUAUUUAUUUCUUAGUAAAUGCGGUCAUUUAAUUUAUGCAGAAUAAUGUUAAGAAGCAAAUAAUAGCAAUUAAAAAAAAAAAAAAAAAAAAAAAAAAAAAAAAAAAAA